AUGUCCAUGGGGCACAUGUCCAAGCUGCCAGCCCUCACAGACUUUCCAAAACUGUACUACGCAGUUGUUGGAACCGCAGUCGGCGUUGCUACUUUGGUCAAUCUCUAUACCUACAUCUUGUACAGACAGCGACUAUCUGCAGCAAGAACGGGAUCACAAACGCCUGCCAAGCCAAAGUCAUGGCUUGCUCUUGGGAGCGCAACACUGUUCGCCAUCACCCGUGAAGCCUCCAACUUCUCAGUCCGUAUACUAUUGAAGGACCGGAUACUCAGACUACCUACAGUUGGUCGAGCCGCCUUGAUAACCGCCAAUGUGAUUGUCUUGGUUGUCCUCUGCCUUUAUGGACUGGAUUUGAACAACCGCUUCACUCGGGAAGACGUUGGAUUUCGAUGUGGCGUUAUUACAAUCGGACAACUUCCGCUCAUCUUCAUGCUUUCGGGCAAGAACAACAUCAUUGGAUUCCUCAGUGGCGUUAGCUAUGAACGUCUCAACUGGAUACAUCGGUGGUGCGCCAGAUGCAUGUUGCUCACGGCCACUCUCCACAUGGGUUACUUCUUCAGCGCGUGGGCUCCGUACGACUACAUCGGCUAUCAACUCAAGAACAGCAAGAUUGCCUGGAAAGGACUUGCCGCUUGGUGCACGUUGGUGUGGAUCGUCUUCAGCUCCAUGACUCCUAUCCGCGGCUGGUGCUACGAGCUCUUCGUCAUACAGCACGUGGUCUCGUUUGCACUUCUCCUUGCUUUUGUAUACAUCCAUACCCCCAUCGAGAUGAACGUCUACGUCUGGCUAUCCGUCGGUCUAUUUUCCUUCGACCGCGUCUUCCGAGCUUUGCGAGUAGUAUACGCCAAUUUCUCCGUGUUCCACCCCUCACAGAAGAAGCAAGGUCAUUCGGGGGGCUUCUUGACAUGCAAAGCGGAAUUCUCCCCUCUCCCGCACAACACAACUCGGGUCGUCAUCCGUAACCCUCCUAUCAGUUGGAGGCCUGGUCAGCAUGUGUUCUUGUCCUGCCAUUCCGUCGUCCCCCUGCAAAGCCAUCCUUUCACUGUGGCGUCGAUUCCCGAAGACGGACGGAUGGAGUUCCUAAUCAAGUCCGAGAGCGGUGGCACUAGGCGCAUCUUCAGGCAUGCCGAGAAGGAGCAUAGCGGAUCUGGGGCAUCUCUCAGACUUCGAACGGUGGCAAUAGAAGGCCCUUACGGUUCUCACAGACCACUGCGCCAAUUCGAUAGUAUCGUGCUAUUCGCUGGCAGCACGGGUGCUACCUUCACCAUGUCUUUACUUCGCGAUAUCGUCCAAGGUUGGAAAGAGAACAUCAAACUCGAUUCAACAAGCAAAAGCGCAUCAUUCUUUAACAAAAAAAAGGGUGCCGUUACACGCCACAUCCGUUUCGUAUGGGUAGUCAAGAGCAAGGGACAGCUUAGCUGGUUCGCUGAACAGCUGUCAUCCGUCUAUUCGGAUUUCCAGUCUCUACAAGAGCGAUUAAGAGAUAUCAAACUCGAAUUGACAGUAUACGUCACCUGCGACGACUCAUUCACGGAAGAACAUAAGUCUCUCCUAUCCACUAUCACCGCUCCCAAUCCGAAUUCCGCGCCACGAAAAGCUCCCGAGCACGGGACCGUCGAGUACCGAGGACGCCCACAGUUAGCAGGAUUAGAAGGCAAAUCAAACAACGAGAAAGAGACAGUCCGGGAACUGACGAGCAUCGAUUCGGAGAAUCUGGAUGUCACGCAAAACGCCUGCGGCCCAGACGGGACAUGUUGCUGCCGAAGCACCGUUGACGAGAACGCCCCGUCAGGCAGCAACGCGAUAUGCUGUUGUUGCUCCAGUCCCAGCGAGCUUUCCAAUCCGAGACGAACAACGAGUCGGCCCAUAUCCCGCGCAUCCUCGACCCCUACGUCGUCCCACAAACAAAGACUUCUAGUCCACCCUGCGAUAUCCGUCUUCGCCGGAAGACCCAAGACGAGGGACAUCAUCCGCAGGUCGCUCGAGCAGGCGCUGGGCGAGUCCGCGGUCGUGGUAUGCGGGCCGCAGGGCUUGGUGGCUGAUGUCAGGCACGAUGUAUGUUCACUCAGCGAUGAACGGGCGGUGCAUAAAGGGACGGGCGCGCAGGGUAUAUAUCUCCACACGGAGAGUUUUGGGUAUUAA